AUGGGAAAAGCCUCUAGUUCUUCCUCCUCAUCCACCAACAGCAGCAGAAACCCUGUUAUCUCAACUGCAUCCUCUCUCGCAAACCCAAAUACUCAACACCUUCAUACAGAUCUUAGGCUCGGACCAAGCAUUUCCUCCACUCAACAUGUUGGCUCUUCUAUUUCAAGGGAACAAUGGCAACCAAUUCAGCCCCAUCUAAGAAGUUCACAAGCUGCCGAAGUAUAUGAUUGUAGCGAUCAUAGCAGCUUCUUUGUGAAGGUGUACAUGGAAGGCAUUCCGAUUGGUAGAAAACUCAAUUUAUUAGCUCAUGAUGGCUAUCAUGAGUUAGUACAAACUCUUGAACAAAUGUUCGACACUACCAUUUUGUGGGGAACUGAGAUGGAUGGAGUGCAACCAGAGAGAUGCCAUGUUCUAACUUAUGAAGAUGGAGAAGGAGACUUGAUUAUGGUUGGGGACGUCCCUUGGGAGAUGUUCUUAUCAUCUGUAAAAAGGUUGAAGAUCACUAAGGUCGACACAUUCGGAGUUGAUCCCAACGUUGUUUUGAGCAAAUUCCACGGAUUGGAAUCCACAUUCGCUUGA